ACAGACAGCGCAUGACGCGUAAAUAGAACCGAUUCUGGAUCGAGGAGUACAAAGAGGAACAGGUGGAUCCGGAGGCCGUGUGGCUCGGUAUGUGCGACGACGACGACGACGCCAAAGAGCAUUGCAAGAUCUUCUUGCAAUGGUACGUGCAGACCUCUGGCAGAUACGAGGCCUGUUUAGGCCCCGAGGAGUAUCAGUGGGCCCGCGAGGUAGGGUCGGCUGUUACCGUGUUGGAGCUCUGGAAGAACCUGGUAGUGGAGGCCGACUUGACCAUCUUGUGGAAGAAGAGGCAGGAGGCCCGGAAGAACCGGCGGCAUUGGAUGUUGGCUUUCGUCGGAGGAGACAAGACGGGGCCUGUCGCGGAAGUGUCCAGAUUCAUCGCCGGACCUCUGACGAACGAGUGUGGGCUUACGCGCAAGCAAACCUUCAUCAAGCGUGAGAUCACGUCGGAAGAUAUCGCGCUGCUCAUACGCACCCUCUGGUUCCGCGCGCCCGCCAUCCCUCUUACCAGCUCGAUGCGGGUCGCCUUCCACUCGUACCUCUUGGUGGUCGGCCUUGGAGGGUUCCGUAAUGCCUCGGUGCUGAACAUGCUCUACGAGCAAGUCCAGUUUGGGCUGGUACGGGAUCAGGAAGAUCCGACAUCCGUCAAACUAGUGGUGCACAUUUUGGUUCAUCACAACAAGCGCAACAGACGGCGUCACAUGGCACACAUCUUCUGGAGUUGUCUGAUCCGCUUAGGCAGCCGUGUGAGUGGCGAAGAUACGAUGGACAGAUGGACAGUCACUCUCCGCCAGAGCAAGGCAAGAGCCGAUGACCGUCAUUUGAAGGCUUUCGAAUUCUAUAGAAAGACCAGGAUGGCGGACGGUGGACGGGGAGAUUUCGCCCCCACCCCUUCAUGUAACGGGAAGGACGGACUCGUUGGAGCUGUUGUGGUCAGGUCAACCUAGUCUGUCUGGCUCGGCGGUUGGAUCAGGUUCUGAGGCACAUGAUUGGACCAAGAUCUGGGCAGGCUGUGACGUUUACGGUGUAUGAGUUCCUCAAGGCUAAGCAGG